GGCGGCUGUGAGGCGCCCCUGCAAGGUGAUGAGCGUGGUGGGCUCCGGCGGUCGCCGCCGGGCGCGAGUGUCCCGCCUCGUCUCCUUCAGCGCCACCCACCGGCUCCACAGCAAAUCUCUGAGUAACGAAGAAAACUUGAAACUAUUUGGGAAAUGCAACAAUCCAAAUGGCCAUGGGCACAAUUAUAAAGUUGUGGUGACAGUACAUGGAGAGAUUGAUCCUGUUACAGGCAUGGUUAUGAAUUUGACUGACCUCAAAGAGUAUAUGGAGGAGGCAAUUAUGAAGCCCCUUGAUCAUAAGAAUCUGGAUCUGGAUGUGCCAUACUUUGCAGAUGUUGUAAGCACCACAGAGAAUGUAGCUGUAUACAUCUGGGAAAACCUCCAGAAACUGGUUCCUGUGGGAGUUCUUUAUAAAGUAAAAGUAUAUGAAACUGACAAUAAUAUUGUAGUCUAUAAAGGAGAAUAGCUCUUACAGGUUAAUACUAUAAACAGAUUUAAUUUCUUUCCAUAUUUGAAAAAGGUCUUUAUCCCCUUGGACUAUUAACAAGUCAUCAUAUAAUUGUUGCACCUCCACACUGUGUUCUGGAGCACCCGAUUCAUUGAAAUCAUUGUGAGUAAGACCUAUUUUAGAGUCAAAUCUAUCUUAAAACUAAAUUUGUAAUGUAUCCUGAGUAUCAUUUAGAGAGUCUUUUAUCUAUAGAUUAAAAAUCACUUCAUUUCAGCAAAAUGUUUUGGUGUAGAAUUAUUUGAAAGCAAAAGAAAUCUAUUUUUGUUUUUCCAUUAUCUCAUUUUUAGUAUUCAUUUUUCUCUUGGUAUAAUAUAAAUGGCAAAAAUGUUUAUAGGACUUAUGGUAGGUGAAUCUUAAAAAAAUAAAAUACAGGUGACCACAAAA